AUAUAUUGCAACCUGUGAAAUCUCCCUCUUUUUGUUACUUUAUUAUUAUUAUUAUAUUGUAACAUUUAAAACCUUACACACAUAUAUAUUCACAUCUCCAAAUAUGUACAGCAAAUCUAUUUUCUACACCACUCUCUUUGCACUUCUCAGCUCUACCAAUAUCUACGCCUCUUCGGCCGACGCCAUCAACGCCAAAAGCAUUGGCAACUCAAAUAUCUCAGCUGUACCCAGCACAACAUCUAUUAAAGAACUCAACGACUUGGAUAUUCACGAUGAAAGUUGUCAUGAAACUACUACUUCGGUAAACUGCAGCUGCGAUGAAGAUGGAAAUUGUGAACAUGACUUUGUAAUGUAUAUGAAUGUAAAGUCGGAAGCUUUUAGGAGUGCGGUUUUGGAUUUGGAAAAGCUGAAUUUUAUUACCAUGACGGCUGUUGUUACUUCGAUUAUUGCUUGCGCUGUAUUUUUUUAAAU